AUGGAAGCGAACAUCACGCCGAAGAUCGCCUUCAGCAAUCUCUUCAAUGGCGCCGAAGAGCAUGCCGCGAACGGCAGCGCUGCGAUGAAGCGGAGCAAGACCAUAAAGCGAGAGAAGACUGUUCAUUUGUUUGCGGCGUCAUCUCAGAACCUUUCUGAAUAUGAAGAUGCCAACCAUGACAACGAUAAGGACAUCGAAAAGGAAGAGCAGGGCAGGACGGCUCUCUUCUACCCGGACUUUCCAUGGGGCGUGGAGGGGUUGUCAGGGCGUAAGAGCUCGAUCGUGCUGAUAUUGUUCGAUGUGCUCUCCGUGCUUUCCUGCUUGUAUGUUGCAGGGACGGUCCCUUACGUCGUCGGGUUCGCUGGAGUCAUCAAGAACGCAGGACAAUGCGUGUUCUACGGUACAGACAGCGAGACCCGAUGGUUAGCUGGGUUGGACGUCAUCACAGAUUUUGUCUUCUGCUGUGACAUCGUGCUGCACUUCUAUACAGCAAGAUGGGUGCUGAUCUCGGACGGGCUGCAGCGUUGGGUCCUGGUGGAUGACCUGCAGGAGAUUCGCGACCUCUACCUUAAGAACGAGUUCAUCUAUGAUGCUUUCGGGCAAAUUCCCUGGCACUACAUCGACUGUAUCAUCCCUAGCGCCCCCCAGGAGCUCAAGGCCCUGCGUCUUUUUCGUCUUCUCAAGUUGUCAGGCAUGAAUCGGCUGGAGGCCCGCGUGCUGCGCCUAGGAGGAGAUUACCGCUCCUUGCGCUUCAUCUAUCCUCUCAUUAAGCUCAUCGUCAUCAUCAUGGUAUUUGCUCACUGGAUGUGCUGCCUCUGGUUCUGGGUCGGCUUUCCCGACGGCUGGACGGUCAACCAAGGGAUCGUCGCGGGCAGCAGCAAACUUCCGCAGGAGGCUUACUAUGAGUGGAUCACAGCCUUCUACUGGUCCAUCACGACAAUGACGACGAUUGGCUACGGCGACAUCUCAGCCACGACCUCCAACGAGCGAACGCUGGCAGUAGUCACAAUGAUCCUGGGAUGCGGCAUGUUUGCGUGGACGACGGGAAGGAUCACGUCUCUUCUCACCUCCUCUUCCUCUUGCACUCGUCGUUUCAUGGAGAAGAUAGACGAGCUGCAGGAGUUCAUGGAGGCGAGGGGGAUAUCGCUCGGGCUGCGGAAGGAGCUGUUUCAGUUCUACUACGUCAAGUUCCCAGCCCGCGUGAUGUUCGACGAGGCUUUCCUUCUACAAGACAUCCCGAAGGACCUGAGGAGAAAAAUUUAUCUUGAGCUAUUUAGAGACGUGGUCAAGACCGUCCCACUCUUCGCCAUGUGCGACGAGGACGUGCAGCAGGAGAUUUGCUACCACCUGCGGCUCAGCUUCGUGUCCCCGGGAUCCAUCAUUAUGAAGGAGGACGAAGUUCCGACCCAUCUCUACGUCGUUCGCAUCGGCCGAGUGGAACUGAGCAAGAAGUCGUCGACGCUCAUGAUAGCGGAGAAGGGAGCGAUCUUCGGGGAGAACGCCAUCUUCGGCCUCUCUCCCACUGGGAGGAGAACCCGCACUGCAUGCGCUCUGACUAUGUGCGAGCUCUGUAUGUUGUCGGUGGACGACGUCCGGUUUCUCCUCGAGGAGAAGAAGAGCUUCUCGUACACGCUUCAGAACCUCCUCACCUCUCACUUCAGCUCAUUGCAGGUGUUUGUCUGGCACUCACAUCUCCUCUCUUCCUCCUCCUCCUGUCCAGUUUGCUGUCUCACCCUUCUCGUCUUCCCAUGA